AUGAGCUGCAAGUUAAGAGAAUUCAUUCGAAAUAUCCGAGCGGCGAAAACCGCUGCGGACGAACGGGCUGUCGUCUCCAAAGAAUGCGCGGAGAUCCGCACUGCGUUCAAAGAGGGCGACGGCCGCUACCGCCACCGGAAUGUCGCAAAAGUCCUGUUUAUUUCGAUGCUGGGUUACCCGACGCAGUUCGCGCAGCUCGAAUGUCUGAAGCUGUUGGCGUCGCCGCGGUUCGCGGAGAAGCGCGUAGGGUAUCUGGGUUUGAGUUGUUUGCUGGACGAGCAGUCUGAGGUCUUAAUGUUGGCAACGAACAGCAUCAAGAACGACUUGCAGCACCCGAACCAGUACGUGAACGGCCUGGCGCUGACGGCUUUAGGCAACAUCGGGACGGGGGAGAUGUGUGGGGCCAUCAUGACCCAAGUUGAGGAUCUUCUGCGCUGCAGCAAUCCGUUUAUUCGGAAGAAAGCUGCUCUCUGCGGAGUGCGCGUCGUGAAGCGCGUCGGCGACUGCGAAGAGAAGCUGCUCGCCUGUCUCCCCGCCCUCCUCGCGGACCGAAACCACGGCGUCCUCAUCUCUGCAUGCGCCCUCAUCACCGCGCUCGCGGAGAGAGAUCCGAGCCUCGUCAGCACCAUGCGGACGCACAUUCCAACUCUCGUCAAGAGUCUCAAGGCCUGCUUGACAGCAGGUUACGCACAUGCCGCCGAAUACGACAUCGCUGGAAUCACUGACCCGCUUCUCCAGUGCAGACUCCUCAGGGUGUUGGCCCUCCUGGCAAAGGGCGACGCAGAGUCAAGCGCUUCUCUCAGUGACGUUCUUGCCCAUGUCGCGACGAACACGGAAGGCGCCAAGAACGUCGGCAACAGUGUCCUUUAUGAGUGCGUUCGAACGAUCAUGACCAUUGAAGACGACCCUGGUCUCCGCGUCCUCGGAGUAAACAUUCUGGGAAGAUUUCUCUCGUCCCGCGAAUUAAAUGUCAAAUACGUCGCCCUUGGCACUCUCCAGCAAGUCGUUCGAGUGGACAGCAAGGCUGUUAUGCGCCACCGAGAUAUUCUUCUUGAUUGCCUGAAGGAUCAAGACCUGUCGCUGCGGCGACGCGCAGUCGAAGUACUUUUCUGUUUGAUAACAGACGACAACGUGCGAGGUCUCGUGAAGGAGCUCUUAAAUUUUCUCUUGAUGCUCAACGAUGCGGAGUUCAAGCAAUUCGUGGUGAACAAAAUUGCUGUCGCCGCCAGUCGCCACGCCCCGUCCACCCGCUGGCAAAUCGACACUCUCCUCAAACUCAUGACUCUCGGAGGAGACGCUGUAGACGACGCUAUCACCUACUCCUUCGUCGACCUGGUGGUGUCAACCCCGCCUCUCCACAGCUACGUUGUCCACAAAUGUUACUUUUCCUUCCAGCAUUCCCUGUCGAACAACGCCGCUCUGUGGCAGGCCGGUGUGUACUGUGUCGGCGAGUUCGGAGACCUCCUAGUGAAGCCUGAGAAGGGCCACCUGUUGAGCCCGAAUGGAGGCGGAAGCAUGACAGAAGAUACUCUUGCGAUCACGCCUCGCCAAGUCGCCGACCUUCUGAUUUCUGUGGCAGACCAGUUGUCGUCUUUUCCGAAGGCGAAGCAGGGUGUCCUCACGCAAACGCUUCUGACGGCGGCUGCCAAGUUGGCUGCUCGACUGCCCUCCCAGCGGGAGCGCCUCGUGGGUUUGUUGAAACGUUUCGAGACAAGCAACAACGUUGAGGUCCAGCAGCGAAGUUCGGAGUACAUGGGCCUGUUGGAGUGGGACGAGUGGAAAGAAAACACGAGUAUCUUCGACAGAAUGCCGGUCUGCGACGCGAAGUUGUCCUCGAGGCGCAGCUUGAGUAGUCUCGGCAGUGGAUCUUUCGCCUCGCUUCUGUCGGGACGCUCUGGAAGCGCAGAGGCCCUCAGCCCCGCUCCGGCUUCCCGCCCUGUCGGGGACGUCUGGUUCGACGCGACGGAGGUUCCUCUCAACGUCGGAAGUCCUUUGGCUGCGUCGAGCGGACGCGAUGACAGCGAGAAGGACGAGAGGAACGAUCGUGCAUCCCAGGUGUCGCAUGGAGACUCGCUGUUCGACGAGAAGCCCGCACAACGAAACGGAAUCGCUGCGGGAAGUGGGAAGAAAACCAACGACUUGCUCGACCUCGACGAUCUCCUCAACAUGGGUUACUCUUCCGAAUCGCGGGCCUCGCCCCAAGGGAUACCGCCCCAUGCAUCAGGCGCUCCAAGUUCAGGCGCAGGCGUGGCGGGAGGCUCAGCUGUGGGGGCGUCCAGUGGCGACAAGAGUAUCGAUAUGCUUGCGGAUUUGCUUGAGGGGACGUCUGUGUCUCUUGGAGGCGGGGCUGCUGUCGCCACGCCUGCAGGCAACAGUGCGGCAGACAUGCGGGGAAGCACUUCCGCGCAAGGAGGUGGCAGCCUGGAUAGUCUGUUUGGGCUCUCGCCUUCCCAGUUGUCUCUUCCCUCGGGUACGUCUCUCUCUGCGGUACAGUCUCCAACGUCCGCCGAUCCCUUCGAUUCGUUUCUGGCCUCUAGCGCCAAGGGUGUGAACAGCGGGGCGACGCCGGGCAUCGGAAGCGGUCUUCUCGGGACUGUGGGCAGUGAAAAUGGGGCGUUUCCGCCGAUGAAUGUCUUGAACGAGGACGAUUUGUGCGUCGACUUUAUCUGCUCGAGGCAGGGACAGAGCGGCAGUACAGCGACGCUGCUUCACGAGGCGAGUGGUUCAGAGAAGGGCGCGAGCAUUCGCGCAGAGUUUCGGAACCGAGGACAGGCGCAGAUCACGAAUCUCCUCUUUGAGGCUGCCGUUCCGAAAUACCUCAAGCUGACGAUUCAACCUGCGACGGGGACGAGCGUCCCACCCACUGGAACCGGCGUGGUCACACAGGACAUGUGUGUCUGCUUCGGGGACGGAGCAUCUGCUCCGGGCGCGAAGCCGCUGCUGAUGAAAUGCAGAAUCUCGUUCAACAAAGACGGCGCGAUGCUGCAAAAAUUUGUCAAUGUCGGGGACUUCCCCGCGGGACUCCUCGCGUGAAGCGUGUGGAUCCCGGAGUGCCGCCGUGGCAUGCACAGACGGGGGAAGGCUGGAGAACAAACGCUCGCGCGAUGCCAGAUACCGGGCAUUGACAGCAAUGGUAACUAAGCGGGCGUCGGGGUACGCUAGUGUUAGUCUGUACGGAAUACACGGAUCGGAUUCUGGGCCUUGCUGCCGAUUUCCACAAAGUGGAAAGAAACGCAAAUUAUUGACGUGAGGGAGAUACGACCAGGCGAUAGGUGUCAAAGUGAAUGCGGUUUGAGGACCAGCAAGUGCGGAUGCAAGCUUAAAAGGAGGCGAGAACUGUUAGUAAAAUGUCAAAAGAGAUGUGCUGGGGGAGGAAAACAUACGGGGCUGGGCUUCUCCGAUCGCCAGUCCCCUUUGCGAAGUCUGUUUUUCUAGGAACUCCGGAAGAAAUGGUUUCCGGCUUCACAACGGAGGGGAGAAGUGCAAUGCGGUCGUGCAGACGGACAAAUGAUUUUUUCUUCUUCUUUGUCUGUUCUCUCUUUUCUCCGUGGUCCUCCUACAUUUUGGAUAGUCACUGUGAACAGACGUCGGGGCGCUCUGUAAUCUUGAGGGCAGCUCGCGACAGUUGGUGGAACACGAGCUGGAAAACACACUUUUCUAAUUUCUGCUUUUCUC